UCUUAGCGAGUCUGAGUGAAAGGAAAGUCCCGAUUUCCAACACAGAAAAAUAACCUCAAGUUUCGCCGCGUCAUUCGCCAAACAACCAUCGUUUGGCGUUCUUCUUAUCACUCUAGUUCCCUCUAAGAUCUCCCUUAGCCUACUAGGCAAAAGGGAUAGGAUAGAGUCGGUGGUAAAGUGUCAUGGACGGUGGUGAAAGUAGCAGCACUCCCUCAAGUCUGUCCACAGCGGAGGCGACGCAGCUUCUGAAAGAUAUCCUGAACGUGGGGAGGACAAGGGACUCCGAUUCCUCCCUGUCAAGUGCUCGUAGUAUGACCUCCCAGAACGGGGCUGCAGAGAUGGGUGAAGCUGGCAGCAAGGCAAGUGGAGGAGGAGGAGGUGAGGAGGAACCUGACAAACCUGGGGAGGAGGAGAGAGAUGCCACUCAGGAGGCAGAUCAACUCACUGAAGACAGGCAGCAAAUACUUCUCCAAGGUGAUGACACGCUGGGCUGUGUGCCCAUAUUUGGGCGUGAUGUGGACAUCCUGAGCAGCAGCCCGCCUGACGGGACCAGCAGCACCAGCGGCAGCAGCAGAGUCAAGGUCAUCCCAGUGGCCAACUACGACUGGGAACACAAGUACUACAUGGGCAGUCUGGUGGCCAUCAACAACACUUACAUCGCGUAUGCACUGAAAGGUAAGUCCCACGUUGUGCGAGUGAUCAACAGACAGACAGCAGAGCGGACCCUCCUGAAGGGGUUUGUGGGGAGUGUGACUGACCUGGGGUUCGCUCACCUCGGCUCCUCACUGCUGGCCUGUACAGACCAGCUGGGAAACCUCUUCAUCUGGCAGAUCUAUGAAGACAACCAGAAGAUACAAUACAGCAAAAAGUUACAGGUGAUGCGCCCCGAGAGCACCCCGCCCAGCAAUAACCACCGCCUGGUGUGGUGCCCGUACAUCCCUGAGGACGGCAGCGCCAGCGACACGGCUUCCUCUGUAGCCUCCAGCGCAGAGGAGAGGGGCAGGAUCUUAGCACUUACCCACGAUGAAAAUACAGAAGUGUGGGAUGUGGAGCUGGUGAUCUCCCAGUUUGGGUCGGACACGAUCCAGGUGAAGGAUGUCACCACUGGCUACAUCACUGUGGAGGGCAGCAGCAAGGCGCCCAUUGCUGACUGCUCCCUGUCUCCCGACGGAGCUGUCCUCGCCACGGCCAGUCAGGACGGCGGGGUGAAGUUCUGGCAGGUGAAUGUAUAUCUGGAGAGUGAUGACCCCCCACGAUGUCUGCACAAGUGGCAGCCGCACGGCGGCCAGCCCCUCAGCUGUCUCCUGUUCCUGGACAACCACAAACUGGCCGACCCCAACAUGCCAUUCUGGCGUUUCCUGAUCACAGGGGCAGACUACAACCGUGAGCUGAAGGUGUGGUGCACAGUGUCCUGGACCUGUCUACAGACUCUCAGGUUUGGUAGUUCUCCAAGCCCAGGACUUUCCAGUGCGGAGGAAGAGCCAUGCCUGAAGGCCUGCAUGGACUUGUCUGCGUCUUACCUGGUCCUGUCAGACAUUACCAGAAAGGUGCUGUACGUGCUGCAGGUGUAUCAGAAUGCUGAUGAUGGGAAAGCAGGGAUCGUCUCCCUCGCAGAAUACCUCCUUACCCAACCACUGCUCUCCUUUGCCAUCGCUGACGCGUCCCUGCGUAAGUUCAAGUCUGUCAAUGCAGAGGUGGAGGUGGAAGAGGACAUGACUGGAGGUGAAGGUGACCAUUCAGCUUCAAAUGACACUGGUGUUCUCCUCAAGCUGUUCUGUGUGCACACAAAGUCCCUUCAGGAAUUACAGGUCAGGUUCAAACCAGCCACAGCUGCCUCCAGGCCGCACCAGCCCCAGUCUAUUGGCUCAGUCUCACAGGAUGACAUAGCAUUGCGAGAUGGUCUAUCUGACAUGAGCGUAGAAACUCUGACAGACGCAGAGGGGUCAACCUCUGACCUGAGAGGUGAAGGGUCACAGGCCAGUCCAAGUGUCCUAGAGGGGAGAGCAGACAGGGAGGGGACGCCUGUAGCAGAGGAAACAAGCCCUCCGCCUGAAGACAAUGCUGAAGAGCCCAUGCUUCUCACUCCUGCUGCAUUCACACAUGCAGAAAGAGGCGACCACACUAUGAGAAGUAGUGGCUCCAGCAUGAGCAGUUUCACUGCUGUAACUCCCAUGGGAAACUCUGUAGCCAACUCCCUGGAUGGCAGCGCCUCCGCACACAGUGUAGCUGAACUGCAGGACAUUCUCCAGGCUUCUCCUGAGAGCUCUCUGACACUGACACCAACUUCAACAAAGCAAGGGACACCAGAUGGCCCCAGCCAUGUCCCCACCCCCACCACCCUGCCCCUACCUCCCCUCUCCCCACCAGAACAGAAGCCCCUCCCGCCGGCUGUCCACGCCCGCUCGCCGGACCUCAUCUCCUCCACGUCCACCUCCACGGACACGCCCGCGGCCUCCGAGGCGUUAGAACAGAUGUUCCAGCAGGAGAGCCAGCCCAGACCGCCCAGCUCAGGCUCCAGUCUGGAGGAGGUGCUGUCCCCCAGGCUCAGGGGGGCCGAGGGGAUGUCACCCAGGGGCAGGGGGGCCGAGGGGAUGUCACCCAGGGGCAGGCCUGAGGUUGCAGAGGAGGCAGAGGGCGCCACAGGAGGCGAGGAGAGACCAGACUCCGGGCACGAGCCGGUACAGGACGAGUACGGCUUACGGUGGCCUCGUGCGCCCGACAUCACCAUGGAAACGGCGCGGGACCGAGGUCAUGUGGAGGAAGCCAGCAGGACUGCGCAGCCUGAACUGGUGGCCAGUCAGACCAGCAGUCCACCCAGGGAGCAAGACCUACAUAAUGGGCAGCCAAUGGGCAGAAGCCCCGAACUGCAGGGAGCUGCUGCCGCCCUCCCCACCACCCGCCAUGACCAGGUGUUGCCAGGCAGGUCCACCCCACCCAAAACAGUGUCCCCCAGGGUACACAGAACAGAGGAGAACUACAGGGAAGUGGCAUCUCCUCGAACACCACCCAAGAGGCAGGCAGCUGAGGUAUCAUCAGCCCAGCUGGAGCAGGUGCUGCUGUUGCUACGGCAACAGCAGCAGGAGCUGGAACAGCUGCGGGGAGAUGUGCAGAAGCAGCAGGCUGCCAACCAGGCUGUCCUGACACAGGCUGUCACACAGCAGCUCAAACAGCUGCACGUGUCCACAGGAACCUCUGUGGAUAAGGCACUGCAGCAGCAUACACAGGCAGAGAGGAAACGUCUGGAUGAGGCUCUUCGUGAGCGGCAGGAUCUGGACAAACAGAAGCAGGAGCGCCUCCUGUCAACCGUCUCCCAAACCCUCAACUCCUCCAUCACCUCCAAACUGGAGAAAUGUGUGAAACAGGAGGUCAAGAACAGCGUCCUCCCAGCUGUGACCAAGUCCCUGGACCCAGUGAAAGACCAGUUGAACGUGACCAUGGCACAGAAGCUCACAGCAACAGAUUCACUCAUGAAGGAAAAUAUCUCCAAGUUGGUCCGUGCAAAAACUACUGUCGAGGCCAUUGGUCAGUCUGCAGCCCAGGCUAUCCAGGGUCCGGUCCAGGCUGCCUACAAGGAUGCCUUCCAGUCCACCGUAGUGCCCAUGUUUGAGAAGGCGUGUCAGUCCAUGUUCCAGCAGAUCAACGACACUUUCCAGAGAGGCACGCAGGACUACCUGCAGCAGCUGGAGGCGCACCUGGCGCAGCAGCGGCAGAGACAGCAGCAGGAGCGCGACCCAGUGCUGACCCAGCUGCAGGGCCUGGUGGAGACCUUCAACAGCAGCGCCUCACAGCUGCAGGAUGGCAUUACUGCAGGGGUCAAAAUUGAGCUGGAGAGCCAGCUACAGUCCACCAUUCUCAACAUGCAAGAUGUUCUGAUCUCCCAGGUGCGGAGAAUUGUGAGAGAAGAAGUUUCCACAGCGCUGAAGGAGCACCAGGCAGCCCUAGGGGAGAGCGUGGUACAGGCCAUGAGAUCCAGAAAUGUCACACCAGUACCCACACCACAGGCAGACACACAGCAGUUACAGAUGCAGAUCAUGGCACUGCUCAGGCAAGGCCAGUUUAACACUGCAUUCCAGCAGGCCCUGACAGCCUCCGACCUGAGCCUGGUGAUGUUUGUGUGCGAGGCCGUCAGCCCUGCCCAAGUCUUCAGCCAGAGUCCCUGUCCCCUCCAGCAGCCUGUCCUGCUGUCACUCAUCCAGCAGCUGUCUGUGGACCUGACACACAACACAGAACUCAAACACAGGUACCUUGAAGAGUCAGUGAUGAACCUUGACCUGACCCACCCUGUCACAUGUGACCAUGCCGCCGUCGUCCUCAGUGCACUGUGCAAGAAGCUUAAUCUAUUCAUCCAGUCAGAGCCCAACCAUAAAAUGAUUAAGAACAUGCGCAUGUUAAACAUGGCUGCUCAGUCUCUCAUGAAGUAGCAGCAACUAAUCAUCACCAGUCAGACAUAUGCCUAAAAUUACUUCAGCCAACCAGAUCCUCCCAAACAGCUCGAAUUAGCCAAUUAGAUUCAGUCAUAGAAAAAGCAAGGUUCUCACAUUGUCAUCCAUUCAGGCAGCUUGUAACAAAGAGAUGAUGGGAUGCACCUUGUUUAGCAGAUGAUACAAAGAUAGACCAAAAAUCCUCCAAAAUGUAUAUUGUCCUUAUUGUGUUCAGUGAACAGCAAAAGGUUGAUACCUGAUGGUUGUUGGGUGUGAUGUCUGAUGGAUACUUGUAUUUUAUCAGAUGAACAUUCUAGUGUGGAAAUAUUGUUUGUGUUCAACAUGGCAUAUCAACCAUAUACCUGUUAUCUUGCAAUAGUGAAACAUCCAAAGAGCAAUUCAAGAACAUAUGUGGUACAUGCACUUUGCUGUCAUAGCUUCAUUUGCUAUGUCAAGUCUACUGUUUUACUGUAUCAUUAGCCUUGUUGCAUUGACAUACACAAUGCAUUGUGGAUAAAAUGUCAAAAAUGAAAGACAAACAAAAAACAUGUAUGAAGCUUGGUCUAGACCUUCACCUUUGACAUAUUACCCACAGUGCAGUUCAGUGCACCUGUGCAUGUGCAGUUCAAAUCAUGAAUGCCCUUAUAACAGCCAGCAAUCAUGUUGAAGGAGAUUACUCUGUUGUUCACCUUAAUUACAUUUCCUCAUACAUCCCCCGUUCAUUAAGGACUUAAAGAAUAAAGAUCUUCUAUCACAGAAGUGUGAGAAAGAAACCAGGGAUAUUCCCAAAACUGAUAAAAGUUUUUUUUUCUUUUUUAAAUAGAGACACACCAAGAGUCUCAUCAUAGACAUGCAAAAUGAGCUGAAGUUCAUAAAAGAUCUGUAAAGGGAAGACAUAACUGCUAUAUAUGAGUACAUUUUUGGUUCAAAUUCCACAACAACAUUUUGUUUUGUUCCAAAUUGUAGAAUGUUCUUGCAAAUAUGCAGUUUAAAUCUUCAGGCGUUUCUUUUGAAGAAGGUUUAAAAUCAAGCUACAUUGUAUUUAUAUGGUUGUGUCUACCUUUGUUGUUUAUCAUGAACAGUACUACCAUCACAACAGAAGUACCUGUACCUAUGGGAUUGGGCUAGCAACAACUUUGUAUCAUGUUUCUCAGAAUAAACUUUGGAAAAUACUGA